CUUAUAACAACGCGACACUGAUAAGCUUGACCCGAGUCAUCAGCACCCCUGAUCUGACGUCUCGCGCACCAACAACUUAAACGUCAUGGCUACUGCACGCACUUUUGCGCGCUCCCUCCUUCGGGCUCCGUCGCUCGCCCUCUCGUAUCCAUCGAGCGCUGUUCUUCCGACGCAGCGUCGGGCCGCAGCAGCGUCAUCGUUCCUGCACACUUCAUCCUUCCGCCAAGCCGUCUCCACGCGCUACACUAAGGAACAUGAGUGGGUGCAGUUCGACGACCAGAGCAACAUUGGCAAAAUCGGCAUCACGGAGUACGCCCAGAAGAGCUUGGGUGAUGUCGUCUACGUCGAGCUGCCUGCCACUGGGACCGACGUUGGGCAAGGUGACCAGAUCGGCGCUGUUGAGUCCGUGAAGGCUGCUUCAGACAUCUACGCUCCCGUGUCUGGGCAAAUCGAAGCGGUGAACGAGGCGCUGUCGGACGAACCUGGCCUGGUCAAUAAGAACCCCGAGGAGAUUGGAUAUCUAUGCACCAUCCGCCUUAGCAACCCGGGCGAAUUUGACACGCUUCUCAGCAAGGAGGCUUACACUGCUUUCACGGAGGAAGAGUCCUGAGUGCCAAAAAAGCUAGCCCGAGCUCACGUGCUCGGCCGCCUCUCGGAUUAUCAAGCACUCAGAUACGCGGGACCUAAUCGAAGACGAGGGGUGGGGCAUGGGUCACAUGAGGGAAUGCGCCGCUUCAUGCGACUUGACAACCCUACGCACACAAGCGCACGAUGGGCUCCUUCCCUCUAGAAAGCGGCCAUUGCCCAACGCAAGCCCGCGGACGAGCGUUGGAGAGCAUGUAAGGUGGAACGUCAUCACAUCGCCGCCAUACAGCACGUAUGCAUGACAGUCCAUCCCU